CGCAAAAACGGCAGUGGUUCACCUUCCCUCGUUAAUGAUCUCCACAAUCCCCCAACGACCCCUAAAAAACCGUCAACUCACCCUGAUCAACUUCCAAUCCCUAAUCAAUCGUUUCCCUUGAUAUAAUAACAAUGCCCCUGUGAUAUAAUAUCGCGCUGCAAUGAUAGCGCCCACGCUUUCUCACUCGUCCCCACCAUCACUCUGUCUUGGAGGAUAUUAUUGGGAUAAUCAAAAGUGAUAAACAUCGUAGUGAUCCUAGUGCAUAAGAAUAUCAGGAAUACAACUGCUCUUGAUUUAUCCAAGAAAUAUUGUCACUGUCUCAUCACCGGGUCAUCAAUGGAUAUGAUUAAUCCAUCGCAAUUGAUAUUCUAGUGUAACACCGAGGGCUUCGACCAAGUGGACAGAAAACAUGUUGGUGGUCCACUUAACCUUCCUUUGUUGCUAACAAUCUACCAAUUAGUUUGGGUAGUGGAAUUAUCUCUGCAUGAAAUUAUCGAGUUGUUCAAUACGUCCAAGGGUUCUCUGUGUAAUUACGAUGGUUGGCAUUACAUUGGGAACUGAGAAAUCAUCUUGACAUUUGUUGUAUGAAGGGACAUGUCUUUCUGUCCUUGGGAUCCUCGUAAUUAUUGUGCCUUUGUUUACUUAGGAUUUAUUAGCUGACAUAACCAAGUAAACAACACUGUUUAUUGAUACGGUUAGAUUGGGCUAAAAUUGACCAGCAGUCAAUUGACAACUAGGGAGCUAGUAGUUAAUACCCUGAUUCCUAGACUUUUCGGAAGAUACUAAAUAAAGAUGGAUGAGAAACAUGAGUCGAACAUAACAGACGACGAGGAGGACCCAGAGAAUAUCAUAAUAAACGAAGUCGAUGGGCUCCCAAAUUUGCACCCAAAUUUCCAGCAACUUGAUCUCGAUCUCAGCGAUGAUAGAAGUAGAAGUGAUAAAACUGUUAGAACAUUGGACGAAUUGGUUCACGAUGAGGAUCUACCAAUGUCUGUUAUCGUGACAAACGUAGAUCCUCGUGUAUUCAAAUGUGACGAAUUAAAGGCUGAUAUCGAACAUCUAUUUAAACAAUUUGGGGAGGAGGCGACAUUUCAGUAUUUCAAAUCAUUUAGGAGGAUGCGAGUGAACUAUAACUCACCCAGUGCCGCUGCUCACGCUCGAAUACAAUUGCAUCAAACCCGUCAUGGGGAAACUGAUAUAAAUUGUUAUUUUGCCCAGCCAGUGACGCCAAUAGACGUAGAAGAUCGGCACCUCCAGCCGCCAGCCCUGACAAAACAGUUCCUAAUAUCCCCUCCAGCGUCUCCCCCCAUUGGAUGGCAGCCCAAAGAGGAAGGCGAACCCUUAGUUAAUCAGGAUUUACUGGCUGCCAUUGCAAAUUUAUCUCCAGGAGGAACACACGAGUUGCAUGCAGGAGGCUCUGGUCAGCCCGGCAUCGUGGUUCACGUCUGCGAGACAACGAAUCCAACGCAGAGACAUGCCCCCAUCCAACACACACGUUGUCCUGAACAUUAGAUUCUCUUCGGAUCAACUGCAACAGAGUCAAUGGCAAAUAAUAUCGAUUGAAUCCAUCCAGAUGAAAAACACGAAAAAAACAUCAUGAGAAAGGGAUAAUAAUCCUAUUUAAGGUAUUCCGAAGAACCCCGGAAAUAUAUCACGACCAGGUAUAAAGAGAUAAUACGUGUCAUGCAAACUGUUUAAUUUACAAUUUCAAUUGUGAUCUCAAAAGCUUCAUACAUGUUACUGUACGCAUGUUUCAUUUACAUUCGCUGUGGAGAAAUAAUCUAAUUCAAAAUUAUAUAAAUACUUAUAGAGAAAAGGGGCAAUUAACAUGUUAAAUGCAAGCUCGCUGUUCUGUAUUUUAGCGCUGAAGUGAAAUAAUUAGGUGAAGCCACUAGGAAUUAUCUCGUUAUUUCACUCCACAACUGAUUCGUUCGUUCUAUAUCUGAAUGUACCCACGAGUACGUAUUCUCGUUACUUGAUAUACGAAAAAAUUUUAUUGAAAAACCCAGUGAAUUCUGUGCAAUAUAAUUUUACCAGAUUUUUGGGAAAAAAAUAUGGAAAAUGGGUUGAAGAGAAUACUGGGACUAUAAGUUUUUGAAGUCGCAGGCUACUUGAUUAAGAUUUUUUAUACAUUGGAGAUCGAUUACGUAUGUCCACAUGAAUUUUUGAUUUUUUUUUUCAAUUAAAAACAUUGCCAUUCAUGUAAAAUAUUCUAAAAAAUAUUUUUGAAAGAAAGAAAAAUAUAUUUUUAAUUGUUUAAGGAUAGUUUGUCUGUCUACUUUACAUGAAUGGAGGAAAUUUUUCGUAUUAAGAUGAAAGAAAUGGGCUAUGUUGGAGUCGAAUUUAAAAUAUUAGUAAAUGCCAUUAUAUUCAUUCUCUGGUCGUAGUCAUCAAUAUCAUGUUUCUUCUAGAUUAAUAGGAAUUUUCAAAUCAAAUUCAUUAGUAACCAAUUAUUUUUCAGUAAUUAUUCGUUCUUAGACAUCCAUAAUCGAUCUUUGAUGCAUAGAAAAUCUCACUCCCAUUGUGCGCGAUUUAGAGUUCCUGAUCAGUGGAAAUUAUUUUACCGCUUCGCUACUGUAUCGUGAUCAUGAAAGAAAUCGAAUGAAAAAAAUAACACGAUGAACCCAUUGACCUUUCUAUUAAGAAAAAAAUUUGCGGAAUUUUUCAAUAAAAUCGACCAAAGUUUAUAGACAUUCAAUGAAAUGUUAAAACCAAUUCACCAGGUCUACCAAUGAAAUUUUAUCCUCUGUGUUCAGCGUCUUUUCUCGUUGGAAAUAUAUUUUGCCAUCUUCAGAUGUGUUUUCAUAGAUGUUAGAGCUGAGCUAAACUACUUUACUGUGAAAUCGGGGAUUGAGGUGAACAACCAGAGGUACUCGAAAUUAGACAUUAAUAUGCUAUUACUCAAUGGUUUAGGCACUAGUGAUAUUGGACUGUAACGAGAAACCCCGACAAAAAAAAUCUGUCGUUUCUGCUUCGAUCUAAAUAUUUUAAAUAAAUGUAUCUGAAGUGCGACGAAUCUUGAGGCUAAUUAUUUCAGGCACAUUUGCCUCGUUAAACAUCGAAUUUAAAAAGGGCAAUCGAUUUCUCAUCGAUCGACAACUCUCAAUCUCAGAAAAAUACGAAAUUGAUAUUGCUAAUGGCAUUAUUUACUAUUAAUGAUUGAAUUGACUUCAUGAUACGUAAAAAUUAUCUUCUCAAGAAAUGAAAAUUAGAAAAAUCAGGAUUGAAGUCGCAUUUCAAAUGUUUAAUUUACGUGAUUACUAAAAUCAAAGAUGGACUCGCGAUGUAAUAACGCAUGUGAUCAAUAUAUAUAUAUAUAUAUCCUGGAUGUCAGGUACAUCCUUAAAUGAAAAAUAAUCAUAUAGAAAUAUGAAGAGGAAGAAACUGUAUUUUUUCCCCCCGAUGAAAAUUCGUGUGGACACUGUUCAAAAUAUAAAUAUGAAAUUGAUGGUGUAAUUUCAUGUAUGUAUGAGAGAUGUGCAUAAAUAAUCGUAGUUUAAUUGAUGAAAAAUCAUUAACAGGAGGAAGACGAACGUCAGAACAGUUUACUCAAAUAAGAAAUUUGGAAUUAUUAGUUGAUACGUUAUUUAACAAAUGUUGAUCCUCAAAAAAAUUUGGAAUUAUAUUGUUGAAUAAAAUAGUUCAAGAUCAAAGUGAAACAAUCUCAUGAGACAGAUCAAACGUUAAUUAUUUAAUUCACUACAAAUAGUGAUGCCAAAGUUACUAGACAACUUGUUUGUUUUUGUAAGGCUAUUUGAUUUUAUAGAUUUUUAAAAAUAUUUCUCUCUGAGUGCUUAAAAAACAGGUAAAACUAUAUCUUAUCAUGUAAAUCUGACAGUACAAAGAAGAAAUAUUCGAAUAACGGAGUACUUAAACGAUGAAGUUUAUCAUUUACGAUGUGCUUUGAUGCUCAGACGCCAAUCAUGUGUACUGGCCUAGGUGGUUUAACUAAAGAUAUGUAUAAAAAAAAUUAAGCAUCCCAAAAAUCAAACCUAAAUGGAUAAAGAAAUACAAAGGAUGUAUCGAGUCAAUAAUAAGACAUUUGAAAACCAAAAUUUGAAAAAUGUUAUUCUGUUUAAUCAAUGAUGUUUAAACUUGUACACGUUACACGCUUAAUUAAAUCAUUGAAAUAUUA